CUUAACUUCAGUGAUCGGACGAGAACUGGUGCUUUCAACGUGGUAUGGCCGUUGACAUUAUAUAGGAAUUUUUCUGGCGGGUUGUUCUCGAAAAUCAAGGGGAAAUACCAGCAAAAAGGAGUCUACAGCACUCGGUGUUCCCAGGCGGUCACCCAUCCAAGUACUAACCGAGCCCGACGUUGCUUAACUUCAGUGAUCGGACGAGAAUUGGUGCUUUCAACGUGGUAUGGCCGUAGA